UCUCACGCUUUCCAUCACCCCAUCCCAUUCUCCUGCUUUCCAUCACCCCGCCCCAUUCUCCCUCUUUCCUUUCUCCCGCCCCAUUCUCCCGCUUUCCAUGACCCUGCCCCAUUCUCCCGCUUUCCAUCACACCGCUCCAUUCUCCCGCUUUUCAUCACCCCGCCCAAUUCUCCCUCUUUUCAUCACCCCUCCCCAUUCUCCCUCCUUCCAUCACCUCGCCCCAUUCUCCCGCUUUCUAUCACCCCACCCCAUUCUCCCUCUUUCCAUCACCCCGCCCCAUUCUCCCAAUUUCCAUCACCCCGCCCCAUUCUCCCGCUUUCCAUCACCCCGCCCCAUUCUCCCUCUUUCCAUCAGCCCGCCCCAUUCUCCCUCUUUCCAUCACCCCGCCCCAUUCUCCCGCUUUCCAUCACCCCGCCCCAUUCUCCCUUUUUCCAUCACCCCGCCCCAUUCUCCCUCUUUCCAUCACCCUGCCCCAUUCUCCCUCUAUCCAUCACCCCGCCCAAUUCUCCCGCUUUCCAUCACCCCGCCCCAUUCUCCCUCUAUCCAUCACCCGACCCAAUUCUUCUCUUUCGACCACCCCGCCCCAUUCUCCCGCUUUCCAUCACCCCGCCAAAUUCUCCCACUUUCCAUCACUCCGCUCCAUUCUCCCGCUUUCCAUCACCCCGCCCAAUUCUCCCUCUUCCCAGUACCCCUCCCCAUUCUCCCGCUUUCCAUCACCCCGCCCCAUUCUCCCGCUUUCCAUCACCCCUACCCAUUCUCCCUCUUUCCAUCACCCCGCCCCAUUCUCCCACUUUCCAUCACCCCGCCCCAUUCUCCCGACUUCCAUCACCCCUCCCCAUUGUCCCACUUUCCAUCACCCCGCCCCAUUCUCCCGAUUUCCAUCACCCCUCCCCAUUCUCCCGCUUUCCAUCACCCCGCCCCAUUCUCCCGCUAUCCAUCACCCCGCCCCAUUCUCCCGCUUUCCAUCACCCCGCCCCAUUCCCGCUUUCCAUCACCCCGCCCCAUUCUCCCGCUUUCUAUCACCCCGCCCCAUUCUCCCGCUUUCCAUCACCCCGCCCCAUUCUCCCGUUUUCCAUCACCCCGCCCCAUUCUCCCUCUUUUCAUCAACCCGCCCCAUUCUCCCUCUUUCUAUCACCCCACCCCAUUCUCCUUCUUUCCAUCGCCCCAUCCCAUUCUUCCACUUUUCAUCACUCCGCCCCAUUCUCCCUCUUUCCAUCACCCCGCCCCAUUCCCCCUCUUUCCAUCAGCCUGCCCCAUUCUCCCUCUCUCCAUCACCCCGCCCUAUUCUCCCUAUUUCUAUCACCCCGCCCAAUUCUCCCGCUUUCCAUCACCCCGCCCUAUUCUCCCGCUAUCCAUCACCCCGCCCCAUUCUCCCGCUUUCCAUCACCCCGCCCCAUUCCCGCUUUCAAUCACCCCGCCCCAUUCUCCCGCUUUCCAUCACCCUGCCCCAUUCUCCCGCUUUCCAUCACCCCGCCCCAUUCUCCCGCUUUCCAUCACCCCGCCCCAUUCUCCCUCCUUCCAUCACCCCGCCCCAUUCUCCCGCUUUCCAUCAGCCCACCCCAUUCACCCGCUUUCCAUCACACUGCCCCAUUCUCCCGCUUUCCAUCAGCCCGCCCCAUUCUCCCGCUUUCCAUCACCCCGCCCCAUUGUCCCUCUUUCCAUCACCCCGCCCCAUUCUCCCUCUUUCCAUCACCCUGCCCCAUUCUCCCUCUUUCCAUCGCCCCACCCCAUUCUCCCGCUUUCAAUCACCCCGCCCCAUUCUGCCGCUUUCCAUCACCCCCCCCCAUUCUCCCGCUUUCCAUCACCCCGCCCCAUUCUCCCGCUUUCCAUCAACCCGCCCCAUUCUCCCUCUUUCCAUCACCCCGCCCUAAUCUCCCUCUUUCCAUCACCCCGACCCAUUCUCCCACUUUCCAUCACCCCGCCCCAUUCUCCCUCUUUCCAUCAGCCCGCCCAAGUCUCACGCUUUCCAUCACCCCAUCCCAUUCUCCUGCUUUCCAUCACCCCGCCCCUUUCUCCCUCUUUCCUUUCUCCCGCCCCAUUCUCCCGCUUUCCAUGACCCUGCCCCAUUCUCCCGCUUUCCAUCACACCGCUCCAUUCUCCCGCUUUUCAUCACCCCGCCCAAUUCUCCCUCUUUUCAUCACCCCUCCCCAUUCUCCCUCUUUCCAUCACCUCGCCCCAUUCUCCCGCUUUCUAUCACCCCACCCCAUUCUCCCUCUUUCCAUCACCCCGCCCCAUUCUCCCGCUUUCCAUCACCCCGCCCCAUUCUCCCGCUUUCCAUCACCCCGCCCCAUUCUCCCUCUUUCCAUCAGCCCACCCCAUUCUCCCUCUUUCCAUCACCCCGCCCCAUUCUCCCGCUUUCCAUCACCCCGCCCCAUUCUCCCUUUUUCCAUCAACCCGCCCCAUUCUCCCUCUUUCCAUCACCCUGCCCCAUUCUCCCUCUAUCCAUCACCCCGCCCAAUUCUCCCGCUUUCCAUCACCCCGCCCCAUUCUCCCUCUAUCCAUCACCCGACCCAAUUCUUCUCUUUCCAUCACCCCGCCCCAUUCUCCCGCUUUCCAUCACCCCGCCAAAUUCUCCCACUUUCCAUCACCCCGCUCCAUUCUCCCGCUUUCCAUCACCCCGCCCAAUUCUCCCUCUUCCCAUUACCCCUCCCCAUUCUCCCGCUUUACAUCACCCCGCCCCAUUCUCCCGCUUUCCAUCACCCCGCCCCAUUCUCCCUCUUUCCAUCACCCCGCCCCAUUCUCCCGCUUUCCAUCACCCUGCCCCAUUCUCCCUCUUUCCAUCACCCCGCUCCAUUCUCCUGCUUUCCAUCACCCCCCCCCAUUCUCCCGCUUUCCAUCACCCCGCUCCAUUCUCCCGCUUUCCAUCACCCGCCCCAUUCUCCCGCUUUCCAUCACCCCGCCCCAUUCUCCCUCUUUCCAUCACCCCGCCCCAUUCUCCCUCUUUCCAUCACCGCUCCCCGUUCUCCCGCUUUCCAUCACCCCGCCCUAUUCUCCGUCUUUCCAUCACCCCGCUCCAUUCUCCCGCUUUCCAUCACCCCGCCCAAUUCUCCCUCUUCCCAUUACCCCUCCCAAUUCUCCCUCUUUCCAUCACCCCGCCCCAUUCUCCCGCUUUCCAUCACCCCGCCCCAUUCUCCCGCUUUCCAUCACCCCGCCCCAUUCUCCCUCUUUCCAUCACCCUGCCCCAUUCUCCCUCUAUCCAUCACCCCGCCCAAUUCUCCCGCUUUCCAUCACCCCGCCCCAUUCUCCCUCUAUCCAUCACCCCACCCAAUUCUUCUCUUUCCAUCACCCCGCCCCAUUCUCCCGCUUUCCAUCACCCCGCCAAAUUCUCCCACUUUCCAUCACCCCGCUCCAUUCUCCCGCUUUCCAUCACCCCGCCCAAUUCUCCCUCUUCCCAUUACCCCUCCCCAUUCUCCCUCUUUCCAUCACCCCGCCCCAUUCUCCCGCUUUCCAUCACCCCGCCCCAUUCUCCCUCUUUCCAUCACCCCGCCCCAUUCUCCCGCUUUCCAUCACCCUGCCCCAUUCUCCCUCUUUCCAUCACCCCGCUCCAUUCUCCUGCUUUCCAUCACCCUGUCCCAUUCUCCCGCUUUCCAUCACCCCGCUCCAUUGUCCCGCUUUCCAUCACCCGCCCCAUUCUCCCGCUUUCCAUCACCCCGCCCCAUUCUCCCUCUUUCCAUCACCCCGCCCCAUUCUCCCUCUUUCCAUCACCCCUCCCCGUUCUCCCGCUUUCCAUCACCCCGCCCUAUUCUCCGUCUUCCCAUCACCCCGCCCCAGUCUCCCACUUUCAAUCACCCCGCCCGAUUCUCCCGCUUUCCAUCACCCCGCCCCAUUCUCCCCCUUUCCAUCACCCCGCCCCAUUCUCCCACUUUCCAUCACCCCGCCCCAUUCUCCCGAUUUCCAUCACCCCUCCCCAUUGUCCCACUUUCCAUCACCCCGCCCCAUUCUCCCUCUUUGCAUCAGCCGCCCCAUUCUCCCUCUUUCCAUCACCCCGCCCCAUUCUCCCGCUUUCCAUCACCCCGCCCCAUUCUCCCGCUUUCCAUCACCCCGCCCCAUUCUCCCGCUUUCCAUCACCCCGCUCCAUUCUCCCGCUUUCCAUCACCCCGCCCAAUUCUCGCUCUUCCCAUUACCCCUCCCCAUUCUCCCUCUUUCCAUCAACCCGCCCCAUUCUCCCGCUUUCCAUCACCCCGCCCCAUUCUCCCUCUUUCCAUCACCCCGCCCCAUUCUCCCGCUUUCCAUCACCCCGCCCCAUUCUCCCUCUUUCCAUCACCCCGCCCCAUUCUCCCUCUUUCCAUCACCCCGCCCCAUUCUCCCGCCUUCCAUCACCCCGCCCCAUUCUCCCUCUUCCAUCACCCCGCUCCAUUCUUCCGCUUUCCAUCACCCCGCCCCAUUCUUCCGCUUUCCAUCACCCCGCUCCAUUCUCCCGAUUCUCCCUCUUUCCAUCACCCCGCCCCGUUCUCCUGCUUUCCAUCACCACGCCCCAUUCUCCCUCUUUCGAUCACCUCGCCCCAUUCUCCCUCCUUCCAUCACCCCGUCCCAUUCUCCCGCUUUCCAUCACCCCGCUCCAUUCUCCCGCUUUCCAUCACCCCGCCCAAUUCUCUCUCUUUCUAUCACCGCUCCCUAUUCUCCCUCUUUCCAUCACCCCGCCCCAUUCUCCCGCUUUCCAUCAGCCCGCCCCAUUCUCCCGCUUUCCAUCACCCUGCCCCAUUCUCCCGCUUUCCAUCAUCCUGCCCCAUUCUCUCGCUUUCCAUCACCCCGCCCAAUUCUCCCUCUUUCCGUCACCCCGCCCCGUUCUCCCGCUUUCCAUCACCCCGCCCCGUUCUCCCGCUUUCCAUCACCCCGCCCCAUUCUCCCCCUUUCCAUCACCUUGCCACAUUCUCCCGCUUUCCAUCACCCCGCCCCAUUCUCCCUCUUUCCAUCACCCCGCCCCGUUCUCCCACUUUCCAUCACCCCGCCCCGUUCUCCCGCUUUCCAUCACCCCGCCCCAUUCUCCCCCUUUCCAUCACCCGGCCCCAUUCUCCCCCUUUCCAUCACCCCGCCCCAUUCUCCCUCUUUCCAUCAGCCCGCCCCAUUCUCCCUCUUUCCAUCACCCCACCCCAUUCUCCCGCUUUUUAUCACCCGCCCCAUUCUCCCGCUUUCCAUCACCCCGCCCCAUUCUCCCUCUUUCCAUCACCCUGCCCCAUUCUCCCUCUAUCCAUCACCCCGCCCAAUUCUCCCGCUUUCCAUCACCCCCCCCAUUCUCCCGCUUUCCAUCACCACGCCCAAUUCUCUCGCUUUCCAUCACCCCGCCCCAUUCUCCCGCUUUCCAUCACCCCGCCCCAUUCUCCCUCCUUCCAUCACCCCGCCCCGUUCUCCCUCCUUCCAUCACCCCGCCCCAUUCUCCCGCUUUCCAUCACCCCGCCCCAUUCUCCCGCUUUCCAUAACCCCACCCCCUUCUCCCGCUUUCCAUCACACCGCCACAUUCUCACGCUUUCUAUCACCCCGCCCCAUUCUCACUCCUUCCAUCACCCCGCCCCAUUCUCCCGCUUUCCAUCACCCCGCCCCAUUCUCCCGAUUUCCAUCACCCCACCCCAUUCUCCCGCUUUCCAUCACCCCGCCCCAUUCUCCCGCUUUCCAUCACCCCGCCCCAUUCUCCCUCCUUCGAUCACCCCGCCCCAUUCUCCCGCUUUCCAUCACUUCGCCCCAUUCUCCCUCCUUCCAUCACCCCGCCCCAUUCUCCCUCCUUCCAUCACCCCGCCCCAUUCUCCCGCUUCCCAUCACCCCGCCCCAUUCUCCUGCUUUCCAUCACCACGCCACAUUUUCCCACUUUCCAUCACCCCGCCCCCUUCUCUCUCCUUCCAUCACCCCGCCCCAUUCUCCCGCUUUCCAUCAGCCCGCCCCAUUCUCCCGCUUUCCAUCACCCCUCCCCUUUCUCCCGCUUUCCAUCUCCCCGCCCCAUUCUCCCGCUUUCCAUCACCCCGCACCAUUCUCCCGCUUUCCAUCACCCCGCCCCAUUCUUCCGCUUCCCAUCAUCCCGCCCCAUUCCCCCGCUUUCCAUCACCCCUCCCCAUUCUUCCUCCUUCCAUCACCCCGCCCCAUUCUCUCGCUUUCCAUCACCCCGCCCCAUUCUCCCGCUUUCCAUCACCCCGCCCCAUUCUCCCGCUUUCCAUCACCCCGCCCCAUUCUUCCUCCUUCCAUCACCCCGCCCCAUUGUCCCGCUUUCCAUCACCCCGCCCCAUUCUCCCUCCUUCCAUCACCCCGCCCCAUUCUCCCUCAGUCCAUCACCCCGCUCCAUUCUCCCGCUUUCCAUCACCCCGCCCUAUUCUCCCGCUUCCCAUAACCCCACCCCAUUCUCCCGCUUUCCAUCACCCCGCCACAUUUUCCCACUUUCCAUCUCCCCGCCCCCUUCUUUCUCCUUCCACCACCCCGCCCCAUUCUCCCUCCUUCCAUCACCCCGCCCCAUUCUCCCACUUUCCAUCAGCCCGCCCCAUUCUCCCUCUAUCCAUCACCCCGCCCAAUUCUCCCACUUUCCAUCACCCCAUCCCAUUCUCCCGUUUUCCAUCACCCCGCCCCAUUCUCUCGCUUUCCAUCACCCCGCCUUUUUCUCCCGCGUUCCAUCACCCCUCCCCAUUCUCCCGAUUUCCAUCACCCCGCCCCAUUCUCCGCUUUCCAUCACCCCGCCCCAUUCUCCCGAUUUCCAUCACCCCGCCCCAUUCUCCCGCUUUCCAUCACCCCACCCCAUUCUCACUCUUUCCAUCACCCCUCCCCAUUCUCCCUCUUUCGAUCACCCCGCCCCAUUCUCCUGCUUUCUAUCACCCCGCCCCAUUCUCCCUCUUUCCAUCACCCUGCCCCAUUCUCCCGCCUUCCAUCACCCCGCCCCAUUCUCCAUCUUUCCAUCACCCGGCCCCAUUCUCCCUCUUUCCAUCACCCCGCCCCAUUCUCCCGCUUUCCAUCACCCCGUUCCAUUUUCCCGAUUUCCAUCACCCCGCCCCAUUCUCCCGCUUUCCAUCACCCCACCCCAUUCUCCCGCUUUCCAUCACCCCGCCCCAUUCUCCCGCUUUCCAUCACCCAGCCCCAUUCUCCCGCUUUCCAUCACCCCGCCCCAUUCUCCCGCUUUCCAUCACCCCGCCCCAUUCUCCCUCUUUCCAUCACCCCGCCCCAUUCUCCCGCAUUCCUUCACCCCGCCCCAUUUUCCCUCGUUCCAUCACCCCGCUCCAUUCUCCCGCUUUCCAUCACCCCGCCCAAUUCUCCCUCUUUCCAUCACCCCUCCCCAUUCUCCCUCUUUCCAUCACCCUGCCCCAUUCUCUCGCUUUCCAUCACCACGCCCCAUUCUCCCUCUUUCCACCUCCCCGCCCCAUUCUCGCUCUUUCCAUCACCCCGCCCCAUUCUCCCGCUUUCCAUCACCCCGCCCCAUUCUCCCUCUUUCCAUCAGCCCGCCCCAUUCUCCCGCUUUCCAUCAACCCGCCCCAUUCUCCCUCUUUCCAUCACCCCGCUCCAUUCUCCCGGUUUCCAUCACCCCGCCCCAUUCUCCCGCUUUCCACCACCCCGCUCCAUUCUCCCGCUUUCCAUCACCACGCCCCAUUUUCCCUCUUUCCAUCACCCCGCCCUAUUCUCCCGCUUUCCAUCACCUCGCCCCAUUCUCCCGCUUUCUAUCACCCCUCUCCAUUCUCCCUCUUUCCAUCACCCCGCCCCAUUCUCCCGCUUUCCAUCACCCCGCCCCAUUCUCCCUCUUUCCAUCACCCCGCCCCAUUCUCCCUCUUUCCAUCACCCCGCCCCAUUUUCCCGCUUUCCAUCACCCCGCCCCAUUCUCCCUCUUUCUAUCACCCCGCCCCAUUCUCCCGCUUUCCAUCACCCCGCCCCAUUUUCCCGCUUUCCAUCACCCUGCUCCAUUCUCCCGCUUUCCAUCACCCCGCCCAAUUCUCCCUCUUUCCAUCAUCCCUCCCCAUUCUCCCUCUUUCCAUCAACCCGCCCCAUUCUCCCUCUUUCCAUCACCCCGCCCCAUUCUCCCGCUUUCCAUCCACCGCCCCAUUCUCCCGCUUUCCAUCAUCCCGCCCCAUUCUCCCUCUAUCCAUCACCCCGCCCCAUUCUCACGCCUUCCAUCACCCCGCCCCAUUCUCCCGCUUUCCAUCACCCCGCCCCAUUCUCCCGCUUUCCAUCACCCCACCCCAUUCUCUCGAUUUGCAUCACCCCGCCCCAUUCUUCCGCCUUCCAUCACCCCGCCCCAUUCUCCCUCUUUCCAUCACCCCGCCCCAUUCUCCCGCUUUCCAUCACCCUGCCCCAUUCUCCCUCUUUCUAUCACCCCGCCCCAUUCUCCCGCUUUCCAUCACCCCGCCCGCUUUCCAUCACCCCGCUCCAUUAUCCCGAUUUCCAUCACCCCGCCAAUUCUCCCUCUUUCCAUCACCCCUCCCCAUUCUCCCUCUUUCCAUCAAACCGCCCCAUUCUCCCGCUUUCCAUCACCCCGGCCCAUUCUCCCUCUUUCCAUCACCCCGCCCCAUUCUCUCGCUUUCCAUCACCCCGCCCUAUUCUCCCUCAUUCCAUCACCCCGCCCCAUUCUCCCGCUUUCCAUCACCCGCCCCAUUCUCCCGCUUUCCAUCACCCCGCCCCAUUCUCCCUCUUUCCAUCACCCCGCCCCAUUCUCCCGCCUUCCAUCACCCCGCCCCAUUCUCCUGCUUUCCAUCACCCCGCCCCGUUCUCCCGCUUUCCAUCACCCCACCCCAUUCUCCCGAUUUGCAUCACCCCGCCCCAUUCUCCCUCUUUCCAUCACCCCACCCCAUUCUCCCGCUUUCCAUCACCCCGCCCCAUUCUCCCUCUUUCCAUCACCCCGCCCCAUUCUCCCUCUUUCGAUCAGCCCGCCCCAUUCUUCCGCUUUCCAUCACCCCGCCCCAUUCUCCCUCUUUCCAUAACCCCGCCCCAUACUCCCGCUUUCCAUCACCCCGCCCCAUUCUCCCUCUUUCCAUAACCCCGCCCCGUUCUCCCGCUUUCCAUCACCCCGCCCCAAUCUCCCUCAUUCCAUAA